AUGUUCCAUCUGCCGGGAACCAUCUCUGCCGCUCAUACAUGGAGGAAACUCCUAUAUCUUCGGCAGCCUUUCCCCGACAACUACACCCACGUGUCGUUUCUAGACCAGCUCAAGCGAAACACCACCGUGGCGCAGUACUCAUACUUCAAGUUGUUCAACGACUUUUCGCUCGUGGCCCUCUACGGGCUGCUUUUGCUUCUAGCCAACGUGAACUUCUCUGCCAUAUACUCGUCUCUAUGGGGCGCCAGAAUCCCCACCGUAGCGUCAUCUGCCGUGUCUCUCGUUUUGCUAGCUACGGACGCCAGUAGCGCUUCUGGGCGCCGCCACUUGAAGCUGUACGCGGUGAUCACAAUGCUCUUGCUUAUAUUUUCCCCCACGCUCCGAUCCUUGACCCGGUCGUCGUCGCUGGAUUCAGUGUGGGCGCUUUCGUUCAUCCUCACCUGUGUCAACGUCGUGUAUCACGAUUAUGGACUAGACCCAGCAUCACUGUACAAAUCCGUGGUCUCAACUAACCUAUCGUUUGCCAACGCAAUAGUGCUAGCCUCGCGGCUCCUGCUGUCAAUGGCAGCGUUUUCGUAUCUCAUGUUUUCACUUGAGGUGUGUGUGCUCAUGCCCGUGUUUGACUUUCGCUUGCGUCAGCAUUUUCCGCGUAUCCACUACUUGGGCAUGGCUUUGGUAUGUGUGCUUGUGUCCACGAUGUUGUAUUUUGUCCACGGCUUUGUUUUUGCCUUGGGCUACCUUGUGAGUGUGGCGUUUGUACUGUUUGGACUCCCGCUGUAUUUCUUGUUCUUGCAGAAGUACAAGAACGAAUUGCAAGGGCCGUGGGACACGGCCAAACCAAUAUUCCGAUCCUCGACGUGA